AUGGCUUCUCGAAAGCUUGGCCUCCGAACGCCAUGCCAGGUGUCGAGCCACUCCCAGAGCCGUGGAUACUCAGCUCGCAUUGAGCGGAGAUCAAGGAUGGUGGGGUUUGGUGCCAUAGCCCUUGUCUCCUGCUUCUGCUGCAUCAGCAGGAUCGGGCAAGCCUCGGAGCAAAGCUGUCGGACAGUGAAUGUGGCACAGGGACAAGAGCAUGGCGACUUAGAAGCACUCCUCCAAGGUCGAAGACUGCGGUGGAAGCGACGUCGCAGAUGGGCCAAAAGGUGGUACAGACAAUACUCUCCCUACUCCGCCUCGACCACGUCGAGUCCGAUAGGUCCUUCGACCUCAACCGCUUCAGAGACGACUAGCACUUCAGUUUCAACUACGGCAAGUACUGCGACAAGCACGACAACCACGUUACUUCCACCAGAUGCGGUGGCAGCUCUCAUCACAGCCAUGCCCGCAGGCUUCCAGUUCUUGAACUUCGGAUCCCAGGACGAUGUGUUUUUUUCGAGUCGUUCUUCCAUGUUCGGGAUUGGAGCUCGGGUCAGUGACCCUGACACAGGUUGCGACACAAGCAACUACCAGGGACGCGGACUUCCCGAGAAUGUUCUGGACGACUCUCUGAGGUGCAAUGUGAAUGACACAGUGGGGAUCAUUCGUGAGGAGGAUGAAGCGCCCUUCUUCGGCAUCGUUGGCACCUGCCCCCGAGAGUCUCUGGAUGGUUUCCGUGCCGAAUGGAACUUCGAGGUGACUGGCACCACCUUCUCUCGAGUCUGUUUGGACGUGGCCACUUGGGGUACGUUUACAACGUCUGGCGUAGAGUCUGACUACUUCAACUUCACCUGGUUUACGGACACGACGACGACUUUUGAUGAGUUGCCACUUAUGAGCUUUGUUGGUCAGGAAGGCCUUUCUCAGACCUACACUUUGGAAGGUGGCUACAAUGUGACGCUGGACACUCCCUGCGUUCUUGACGGAACUGACGGAACCGUCGUUUUGAACAACGAUUUCCAGACAAUAUGCUCCGGUUACAACCUGACCGGACGCCUGCUGACAAUAUCCCUGCAUGCACAGUCUUGUAGUAAGCAAAGCAUACUCCUGUUCAGGAAUCUUCGCAUUUCGUAA